AUGGUUUUAAGUAAACACAUCAUCGAUGUCAUUGAGCAAGAAUAUCCUAUUAUAAUUGGUGAUAUUCCAUUGCUAGAUAUUUUGUACAAUCUACGAAGCAAAGGCAUAAUUUCUGAUGAGGAAGUCGAUAUACUCAAAGUUCGUGACCUGAAUAAUAAAGCUAGAAUCUACGAAUUUUUGAAAAUUUUGAAAACUAGGCGCGACGACGAUUUCUAUGAAUUCUGUUCCUUACUCAAGGAAAGUCCAGUACGCCAUAUAUCAGAGAUUGGCCAAAAAUUAGAGAUUCAAGUCAAGAAUUCGAAAAAAAAUGGAUUCUUAGGCACUACUCAGCUGGUGCUAAAUGAAGAAACAAUUGGUAAUUCUAUUUGA